GGUGCAGGUGAUCCCCGUGUGGUUGAGGUGGGGGAGGUGACAGACACUAGGGACCCAGAACCAGGGGAUACCUUCUACUAUGACAGUUCCUUCUCUGACUCCUCCGUAUGGCCAGAGGGUAUACCCAAUGACGGGGUACCAAUUGAGGAUGUGGUGACAGUUUCAGUGGCUCUGACAGUGGUGUAUGUCAUUCUGGCCACUGCUGGACUAGUGUUUGCUGUGGGAUGUCUACUCUUUAACCUUCUCUACCGGAAUAGAGUGUGA